CAGCGAUGCCAGCGACCAUGGCAGACACAGAGGACCCUGGUCCAGGCGCGGCCACUGACCCGGACACCCCGCGCACAACCCGGCCACACUUCGUCUCGUUCAGCGAGACCGUUCAGCCAGCAGUCGGGAUGGUUAGCCAACUACUGAGCCAGCAGUCCCUGAAGUUCGACAAAAACAUCAAACAGGCCUUCUACAACACGGGAGCGAUGAUCUUCGUAGCGAUCUGUUGCGGAGCAUCGGUGUUGGUUUACUUCAUCCUGGAGGCUUUUCUACGGCCGCUGCUGUGGGCAGUUCUGUGCGGCACUUUCCUGCACCCGUUCAAGUACUCGCUCGCCCGCCUCGGCCGCUCUUGGCUCAGCAGGCUGCAGGACAGCGGGACGCCGAUAGUAGUGGGCACUCUGCUGGUACCGGUGUGGUGCGUGAACUACGGGGUGGAGACAUUGGGUGAAAUGGUCGUAGAUCGGCUCAAUAUACUGCUGGCAGUUGGGGCUGGUGUACCCCUGCUUUAUUUCUUAUAUCUGUUCUGGAGCGUCAUUGGCAUGCAGGUGAUCCUUGGUCACGUCUGUACCAUAAUCUGUUUCGGCCUGGAUUGUUUCAGCUAUACGUGGGUUGUCACGUUAGUUGUUGGCUAUGUGUUGGCAGUGGCCUUUAAGUGGACGCCUGGCAUGGAAAGUUACUUGCGUUCCCUGUCUGUGCCUGUAUGGGCAGCACUUAUUUUCUACCUGGUCUCUCUGACAGGGUCGUGGCGGGUGCCUGUGUUUGUCGUGGUGGUGUUCCUGCUCAUAGUGGGCUCUCAGCAGAAGCCUGUUGUUCCAGGGAAAGGCGAGCUGCCUGGCCAGGUUCUCUCCUUUGCUGCUAAUACGAUCUUCAUGGCAAUCUCCUGCAGUAACUUCAGCCAUGCUGAGAAGAUACAGGAAGAGACAAGCACCAAAGAACAAUCCAAAGACUUUAUGGACUCUCCGAAGGCGGUCUUCAGCCGGAGUCGAAGCAGACUAGAGUUCAGGGGUCUCCAGCACAAAGAGAGGACCAGUGAUAUCUACUUUGUGCUGCUUGCGUGGGCUAUAGUGUUGGUGCAGGUCUGGCUCAACCUCUGGAUCUUACAGUUAUUGCCCAUCCCUGUUGCUGUUUGGGUCCUGAAGAAGAUGUUUGUGCGUUUUGGGAUGAAGGACUUCGCUGGACGGACUCUAGUGAAAUGGUGGUCGGCUUCUGAGAAGUUUGUCAAAGACAGACAGGAUGCUCUGCUGCCUGGACCAAUCAAAGGCUUAGCUCAGUUCUUGCUUCGGGUGGACACUAAGCUCUGGCAUUGGCUUAACAAGCAGAUGAUCGUGUGGCUGGAGCGCUCCUUGGAUAAGCUGAUCAGUAUUUUCAUUAUCUUCCUGCUGGUAACUGGCACACUGCUCAUGGCCUUGCUGCUCACAGCUAUGGUGCACCAAGAGAGUGUUCAUAUCAUAGAGGUCACCAGUAACCUGAUCAACGAGACUGUGUCCAACCACCCAGAGUGGGCCAACUGGCUCCCAGAGGCCCAGGUUGUUCAGAAGGCUUUAAACUCUGCUGCCACAAAUGUUUACCAACAUGGAAGAGAAUGGAUCACACAUAAGCUUCAUAAGAUGUUGGGUGAUAAAGUAAACAACACGGCCGUAAUAGAGAAACAAGUUCUGGAGUUGUGGGACCGUCUCUAUCAGUCCUGGAUUGUUAAGAACGUGACUCAUACUGGACGGCACCGUGGAAACAAGCAACAUAUGUACAGGCAGAACAGCUGGCUAGGGGACAUACUGGACUGGCAGGACAUCGCCUCAUUCGUGCAGGAGAAUAUUGAGACUCUGCUCUCGAUCUUGGAGUCUCUGUGGGUGGUGAUGAGUCGAAAUGUUGGUUUGCUGAUAUCCACAACAACCACGCUGCUCACCGUACUGUUCCACAGUGGCACCGCACUGCUCAACUUUGUCCUGUCUCUGGUGAUUUUCCUGACCACACUUUUUUACCUGCUGAGCUCCAGUGGUGAAUAUUAUAAACCUGUGAAAUGGGUAAUCAGCCUCACACCCCUCUCCCAACCGGGACCCUCUUCAAACAUUAUCGGCCAGUCUGUGGAAGAGGCCAUCAGGGGUGUGUUUGAUGCCUCUCUGAAGAUGGCUGGAUUUUAUGGCCUUUAUACUUGGCUUACACACACAAUAUUUGGCAUCAACAUUGUCUUCAUCCCCUCAGCAAUGGCAGCUAUCUUAGGUGCGGUGCCGUUUUUGGGGACGUACUGGGCGGCACUGCCAGCGGUGUUGGAUUUGUGGUUGGCCCAGGCGGAGGGAGUCAAAGCUCUGCUGCUUCUCUUCUUUCAUCUGCUGCCAACAUAUUUCGUUGACACGGCCAUAUACUCCGAUAUAUCAGGAGGUGGACACCCGUAUUUGACUGGUCUUGCGGUAGCAGGUGGAGCGUACUAUUUGGGUUUGGAGGGUGCCAUCAUUGGGCCUAUCCUGUUGUGCAUACUGGUGGUGGCAUCCAACAUCUACAGCGCCAUGCUAAUGAGCCCUAGCAGCAGCCAGGCAACUCCAGUGCAGAGCCACUUCCCUGUACAUCAUGGCAGAAACCCCAAUGCAGCUGAAGAGAAGCAAUGAAUAAAAGAGACACCUGACCAGCCUGUUACACUU